CGGGACUGUACCAAUUCAACAACAGUGGACGGAGGGAAGGGCCGAGCCAACUAUCCUUUCCCCCAGGGUCGCCGCAACAUCUAGGUCUUGUAAAGGAGUAAAAAGAGAAUCUAUGUCUGAACGUUGUCUGGUUACUGAACCACUGGUUAAUUUUUCUCCUUACUGACGGUGCGGACUCAUUCCUCUCCCCCCCCUUUCUCCUAUGCUGGCGCGGCAGUAGUUCCUCCCGAUAUUGCGCUCUCCGGAAGUUGAGGCAGCUCGACUGCUUGGCUCUGCAGCCGUUGGUACUUUCUUGGGUUCUCCCGGAGCAGAUUCUCUUCCAUUGCCAUUCAGAAUCCAACAGCCAACAUGUCAAGCAAAAGGGCAAAGACCAAGACCACUAAGAAGCGCCCUCAGCGUGCUACUUCCAAUGUAUUUGCUAUGUUUGAUCAGUCACAAAUUCAAGAAUUCAAAGAGGCAUUCAACAUGAUUGAUCAAAACAGAGAUGGUUUCAUUGACAAAGAAGACCUGCAUGAUAUGCUCGCUUCACUUGGGAAGAAUCCAACUGAUGAAUACCUAGAUGCCAUGAUGAAUGAGGCUCCAGGACCCAUAAACUUCACAAUGUUUCUCACAAUGUUUGGAGAAAAAUUAAAUGGCACUGAUCCAGAAGAUGUAAUCAGGAAUGCCUUUGCUUGCUUUGAUGAAGAAGCAACAGGCUUCAUUCAAGAAGACUACCUGAGAGAAUUGCUUACUACAAUGGGAGACAGGUUUACAGAUGAAGAAGUAGACGAGCUGUUCAGAGAGGCACCAAUUGAUAAAAAGGGCAAUUUCAAUUACAUUGAGUUCACACGCAUCCUUAAACAUGGAGCAAAAGACAAAGAUGACUAAAACAGAACUGUUGGCUCUGCAAUUCUCUUUAGAUCUCACUUGCAGUUAUCUUUGAGGGUUUUUUCCUGGUAGAACCUGUUGCAUGCAUUUAGCUUUACAGCUUUUGCCUUUCUUGAUGUAUUUAUCUAUACCAGGCAUUCUGGCACAUCUUGCACCUGUAUAAUCAGGUUGGCAAUGGGGAUUGUGAUUGUAGUGAGAGAAUUGGAGGGUAAGAUCAGUGACUGAAGGCCCAGGAAAAAAGUCUCAAUGUUUCUGGUUUAGCUGGAUUUUUACAUUUUGUAAUAAUGCCAUUUUGAAAUAAGAUUGCUAUACCAAUAAAAUACCUCAAAUGCUG